ACUACUCUUGCGCUCUUUCAAAAAGCAGCAACGGCCUCCUUCUGCAGGGCCGCAUGUACAUUACCGAACACUGGAUUUGUUUCUACUCAAAGAUCAUUUAUGAACAAAAGAUAUUUCUUGCUGUGAAGGACGUUAUCCUCGUGACGAAGGCGAAAACCGCCCGAGUCAUUCCCAAUGCCAUACAAAUCACAGUCUCCGCGCCCAAACUGGAACGCUACUUCUUCACUUCGUUUGCUGCUCGAGAACGGACGUAUGCCAUCCUGAAAAAGGUCUGCCAAAACUGCCACGGUGGCGGGGUCACCAAUAUGGAGGAGAUACUCUGCCAGGUUCAGGACGUCUACGGAGACGAGAGUCUAGCUGUUCUUGACUGCGCAGCUUUCGACGAGCACGGCUUGUACAAUACCCAAUUUGAAAGCUACCCGUCCUCGUCCGAAUGUGACCUGCAGUCUGAAUUGAUGUUACCUGGUUGUGUCGGUGGCCUCCACCACCGCCAGAGUUACCGGCGUAGACGAAACCGGCAGCGCAAUUCGAAGAGGAAAAAAAACAAGGUGUGGUCGGCACCACCGCCACAACCACCUGCCGCACAAAAUGUCAGUCUCUCAAAAAGUUCCCUUCACACUCCCUUAGGAUUCAGCCGCUGUGCCAGUCUUGACAGCUGUGUCCAGUUGUCUCCUCGCCACCCGAUUGAAGAACACCCCUGCAUCCUUACCGAGACUGCUGCUAUAACUAUGCCCAAACACGCAGGUGCUAGAACGAGCGCUUUUUCUGACCUUGGAGUUAUGGACUACUCGUCUGGCAGUUACGAACAAACCGGCGGAUCUGCUCCGGAAGCCGAA